AUGACCACGCAAGACAACAACAACGAUUCCUCUGCGGCGCCCAAAGUUGACUAUGUGUUCACUCGGGAUUUCCUUGAUAACAAUCGCAUCAACUUGAUGCAUACCUUGUGGUCCAAGAUCUUUGGCUACAAUGUCCAUCCCAAAAUUCCCACCAACCGCCCAGGCCUGCGAGUGGCAGACGUUGGCACGGGCACAGGCAUCUGGCUCUUCGAUGUCCGUGAGUUGGUCGACCCAUCGGCCCGCCUGGAAGGCUUCGAUAUCUCGUUUGACGCCGCACCCCCCACAGAGACAUUGCCGUCCAAUGUGUCAUUCAGGCACUGGGACGUGAACCAUGACUUACCAGAGGACCUUGUGGGCGUAUUUGACCUUGUCCACGUGCGCUUUUUUGCGUUUGUUCUGAUGAACGACCAAGUGCAGCCUGUUGUCAAACGCCUCUUCAAUAUGCUCAAACCUGGCGGCUAUCUCCAGUGGGGCGAUCCAGACUUCCAGUCAGUUCGUUUCGACAAGACGAAGCCAGAGAUUAAGGCAGAGGCUAUGGCCGAGAUGUUCAAAUUGCUGUCUGUACAAGACCCGCGUUUCAAGCCAACUUGGGUCGCGAAUCUGCCAGGGAUCUUUACUACCGCAGGUUUCGUGGAAACAGAGGUUGACAAAAACGACUGUCCACCCCAUAUGGCGUUUAUGCUGCACGAGUGUGGGUUGAUGAUCCACGAGCUGAUUUAUCGCAAAACCAAGAACGAAACAAUGCAGAAGGAACUAGGCCGUCUGCUUCCUCUAGCAGUGGAAGAGACAAGGAACGGUGUAUACACGACCGCCCAGACAACAAAUUGCGCCAAUGAAAAGAGCGGUGCCGCCAGCGUCCAUACGUCGAAGGUUCUCCCCAAGAGGGAGAACACGCUCUUUGGAACUGGACUUCGGCGGAAUGGGCUGGCACUUUCUCAGAAGGACGAUAUAUUCGAUGAUCGCUAG